AUGGAUAGAAAUGGGAAGUGUAACAGUGGUUUAAAUUUGUGCGAUAUCGUAGAACUUGUUUGGUAUUGGGUAUUUCAAAUAAAGGUAACACAAGCCGAGGUAUUUACGAAAAGAUCAAGAUCAACUAUAGUUGACUGGUAUAAUUUAUGUCGAGACGUAGCAGUAGCUGAAUUUCAAAAACGUAAAAAAAUGGGAGGUCCUGGCCUAGUUGUACAAAUAGAUGAAUCCUUGUUUCAAGGUAAAAGGAAAUAUAAUCGUGGAAGAUUACACCUUGGAGACCGCAAACCCGAAGAAAAUUCUGAUGAAAAUGAAGAAAGUUCAGAUGAAGACGAAGUAAUAAGUAAUCAAAAUUACGGACAACGAAUUCAAGGGCCAUGGAUUUUUGGUUUGUGUUGUAAGCAUGAUGGCAUUUUAGAGACGUUUUUUUAA